UUCCCGUGUGUUUCUAUAGCGUGCCGAAAAAACUUUUGAGUUUAUUGGCUGUUUUCUGCUAUUGCAGAAUGAUUUAGAAAAUAAUACAAAUAUAAAAUAAAAGUCAAUUUAAUAUGGAAUAAGCAACCGAAAACUCCAAAUUGGCAACCUACGUAGUUUUGGAGAUAUCUCGUGAAAAGUGUACGAAAACAGGAAAAAAUGUACACUAAAACUGGUUGCAUUUUACACAGCUAAUGUCACUUCCCAAUGGAAAGGAACAGAGGGAAAAAAUCAAAUUUUUGAGCCAAUGUGUUAAAAUUUUGAUAAGUUCGAAAGAUGGCGCCAGUGGUUGGGUGUCUGUGCAGUGGUGAAUUUUGGCCACGCCCCUUUUCAUCGUAUGAACGCAGUAAGUGAUCAUCAGGCGAUCGUCUAUUGCAGAAAAUAUGGUCAAUUUCAAGGAGAGUACAUCAAUCUUUGCGAUGACUUCAUGUACGAUGCUGGACCAUCGAAUCGGACCACCUAUCCGUCGGCCAGUGGAACGUAUACGGCGCAGGGUUUUGCUCUGGCGCAGUCUGGGACGAUCGUGAGUGGUGGGAAUCUCUAUAACUACAUGUACAAUGCCGUUGAGGAGAGCAGUGUUAACAGUGAGGAUUUGAAGGGGGAUGGGAAGGACAGGAUGUACGGAAUGGGGAGUGAGGAGGAUACAGCGGACAGCAGGAGGAGAUAUCCGUGCCCACAGUGUGGAACGAGGUUUACACUGGUGAAAAAUAUGAAGAGACAUUUUAGAUAUGAAUGUGGAAAAGAGCCACAGUUUCAGUGUUCGUUCUGUGCAGUGAAAUUCAAGAGAAACAAUCAAUUGCAGGGACAUAUUUUGAAAAAACAUUCAAAUCUUGGUUCAUGAUCAUGCGCGAUCAUUGAUCGUUGAGGCAAAAGUGCUAUGUACUAAACCUCUUGAGAGACUUGUUUUUUUUUUAGUAACGAUACAUUGUACUGUAAUUUUUUUCCUGAUUUUUGAGAUGAGAAAAAAAUAAUUGAGAAAGCAGCAAAA